CCCCCAAAAAUUGGCCAACUAUACCUAUAAACUAAAUUACGAAUGCAUUAAAAAAAAUAUUAGCUCAAACAAAAACUUAGCUUAUUUUGGUCUUAACAGGGAGCAGCUGGAUUAGGCUACGUGAAAUGAGGUAGACUAGAGGGCAGUGUAACUACUCAAAUCCAUAAAACUAAAUGCAAACACUUUCAAAACAAACCGUUACGCCACUUUUAACUAAACGAAUACUUGAAGCGGCAAAAUGUAAUUCGAAUCUUUUUUUUCUAAUCGAAUACUCGAUUAAUCGUUGCAGCACUAGAGGUAAUUUUGGGCCAUUUAAGGUCAUUUACCUGUUGGUUUAGUUACUUCCUGUUGAUUUUGGGGUAUUUUAUGGGUCUCUUCCUGUUUAUUUUGAAUUACAGAAGAGGAAGUGACCUGGGAAUCACCCAAAUGAAUUGGCAGUGACUCAAACGUAACAGGAAAUGAACUGUAAAUGCUCUAAAAUGAACAGCAAGUGACCUGUAAAUGCCCUGAAAAUCGGACAGAAUGACUGUGAAUGCUCUGGUUUCGAAUGAACAAACGUUCCCAGUCUAAAUGGAUUGGGCGUCCAACACCGUUAAUGCAGGGUUAGAAUUAACUGAGACACCAUUCUGGUGGAAGAAUUUGGUAGCAACUUUUUUUUUAGACAUUGACACCUUUUUAAAACGAUAUCUCGAUUUUUUGCAGGAGCAUAUCGAUAACCUUUUGGGAUACAAAGUAUCACGAUAUAUCACCAUUUCGAUAUUUUGUCACACCCCUAUUUAAAUUACUUUUCCAUUCCAUGCGUUCUCCACCAAUGUCCUGAUGACUACACAGUGCCCUGACAUUUGAACUGAAACUGCCCCAAAAAGCCCUUUUUCCUACCUUCAAUAGAGAGUGUUCGAGACGAACAAUCUGGGCGCGCACACGCCUGUGCACGUUCACGCGCGUCCCCACCGCCGCAGCGCUGUCUCCGCUUGGCAACGACACUUUUCCAACCCACAUUUCUAACCCAUUUUAGACUUGUAAAUUAUUGCAUUUGCUGUUUUUACGUUUCUGGUGCUGAUCUGAUGGGCCAAUCGCUUGUUGCUUUAUGUUCGUGGCUGCAGGCUGCAGUUACGCUUUAGGCGAGAAGUGGCAGUCGCGAGUUUAAAAAAAAGAACAAAAAAGUGACAGACUGUAUAGUCCUUUUAAGUUAAAAUAUACAUUAGAAAUCACAAAAAUAUAUACAAAUUAGAAAAAAGAUUUUUUUUUCUUUUUUAACUAAAAAUAUAAAUAUAUAGUUGUAGAGUAUUUGAGAGCCUAAAAAUGGAUUUGGACAAUUCUUAGGUCAACAACAGUGUUGUUAAUUUUACUUUAAAAAAGUAAUUAAUUACAGUUACAAAUUACUUCUCCCAAAAAGUAAUUGCGUUAGUAACUCAGUUACCUGAAUGUAAGAGUAAUUAGUUACUUGGCAAAGUAACUAGUGAUAUUUUUUAUUUUUUAUUUUUUUAAUUGAGAAAAAAAACAUGUCACACAAUGUGAAUUUUAAAGGGUUUGGGGGACAAUUGGCCCUAGCCCAAUUCUUUACCCUCCACUUAACUAGACACAAGGGUAUUGCGAUAACUAGAUAGUAACCUUUGCUAUGUGUGUAAGUCAUUUAAAGUUGUGAAUCAACCGUUAAAGUUGUUAAAAUUGCUCCCGUUAUUGCAUUAGUUCCCUUCUGUCUACUUUAAACAUAAAAGUUUAAAAACUGUUUCAUCAUUUAAAGAUAGAUUUAAGUUAAGAUUUUGCCGAUUUAGAAGCAUUUUAGAUUAAAAAAAAAAGUUACUUAGGUUCGCUAGGAAGGAUCUCUACAUUAGAGCCUUCCUGAGAGGUUUACUGCUUUAAGAUGGCGGCUGUUUACUAACGCAUGUAGUCUUUAAAACAUGUUGUCAAUGCAGCUGUGUCUGUCAUUUGCAUCCAGUUCUAUAAUAUGAUAUCUACCGUGUCAUGUGGGCGUAGUUUGUCGGCUAUGGCUACAGUCAGGUAUUAUUGGAGCCACCUAGCAUCGCGGUUGCAACGGCGUCUUCCCCACUCCUGCUGUGCUCUCUCGUCUCCGUGAGUCCGUUUCUCUCAGACUUUUUUUAUUCAACCAACUUAGUAACGCAUAGUAACGCACGCCUUUCCCGCCUCAGUAACGGUAACGGCGUUGCCAAGAUGAGAAAAGUAAUUAAUUAGAUUACUCGUUACUGAAAAAAAUAACGCCGUUAGUAACGCCGUUAUUAACAACACUGGUCAACAAUGUCUCAAAACGAUUAUGGCAUGAAAAAAAUAGUUGCCCAUUAAUUUGAUGAUUGAUUAGUUGUUCAAUAGUCAACUAAUUUAUGUGAAGUCACUGUUUAAUUGUUAUAGUAUUAAACUGAACAAAUGCAGGCAUGUUUUUUCAUGAGCAUUCAUUGCCACAAUUUCCAUUUUUUGCCACCACUGGCAGACUUUUGUGAUACAGAUGGUGUUUUAGUCAUCAUAAUUAUUAUUUUUCUCCUUACCACAAAUGCUGACAAGUUGGCACCAUUGCCAAAGUCUGCUCAGAAACCUGGACACCCAAAUCAUUUUUAUAUUCAUGACAGAGAUUGCCAUGGUGAUAUGGAUUCAUUACAGGCUGUCAAGUCCUUGCCGGGCCAUUGGACUUUUGGGCUUCUAAGUAGUUUGUUAUGACUUACACUUGCUCAUUUUGAUUUGGCCUUGCUUUUUAGGUUUUUGUGGUUCAAAGUCGACCUGAACGAUAUUAGAAAAAACUAUCACUGCAAUUUUGGGCAGUUUGCGAUAUAAGCGAUAUUUUAUUGCCAUAUUAAAAACAUUUUCACCAGAUAACUUUAAUUGCUCUGUUUGGGAUAGGCCUGAACAAUAUUGGAAAAAAUAGAAUUGCAACAUAUAUUGCAAUUCUAUUUUAAUUUUUUUCUUAAGGUGCACAUGCACAAAAUGUAGGCACAUUUUUCAUUGCAUCACCUUUAACGCCAUACUUUUAAUCACUCUUCUGAACCGGAUAUACUCACGAGGGUCGUGCGGGUGCUGGAGUUUUAUCACCGCUAACUCCAUGUAGAAGGUGUGGUACACCCUGAGCAGGUUGCCAGCCACAUAUAGACAGACACACAACCAUUCAUGCACACACUCACACUUACGGACAAUUUGAAGUGUUCAAUCAGCAUACCAUGCACGUUUUUUGGAUGUGGCAGGAACCAGGAGAAAACCCAUGCAGGCAUGGGGAGAACUUGCAAACCCCACAAAAGAAGGCCGGAGCCGGGAUUGCACCCACAAUCCCCGAACUGUGAGGUGUACGUGCUAACCACUAUCCCACCAUGACGCCUUCAUAAUGGGAAUUGUUUUUAAACAAGAAUAACGUAGCGAAAUGCUUGUCUUUAUUAAAUGCUCCACUGAGUGGGUCCACUAAAAUUUACUCUCUUACACAAUGAAUGAGUUGGCACAGCACAUUUAAGACUGGACUGCAGGUUUUACGGUGAUUAACACAUUUGGGCCUCUGAUCGUAGAUCUACUGUGGCUUCCCUGGCCAGAUCAAAGCUACAAACCUGUUAAUCAUCGUUACCUUUAAGUACCAAGCGCCAGCUGCACCGGUGACCAAGAAAAACAGUUUGGUUGCACUGCUUAGCAGGAGGGAGGGUGAGAGGCUGUACAAGCAUGAAGACAGAAAAACAUAAUUGACGGUGUUUUUUGCAUUGAAAUAAGACUGAAAAAGUGGGGGUCGUAUUAUAUUUGCGGUCUAGACAUUAUACCCAUUCACGACGCUAGAUGGCGGCAGAUAUCAUUGAAGCGAUGUUCUGUCAUGACUUGGGAAUAGUUAAAAAUUGAACGAUUCCGGUUCCGAUUCCACGUUUCGAUUCCAGUUCCAAAUGAUUCUCAAUUCCGAUUCUUUUAAGAGGCAAUUUAAAAAAAAAAAAAAAAAAAAAAAAAGAAAGAAAGGUAGGGUAAAAAAAAAUUGGCAUGUUUUGUACUAAAGUCUUAACUUCUGGAUGAUUUUUUAAAUUAUAUGAACUUCUCACAGGGCUAAUUUUAACUUGUAUAUAAAUGUCAGUCUUUGAAUUCGAGCAUUUUUUUCCCGCUCAGCGGUCAAGGCAUGGAAACAUGGAAUCGAAAUUUUUAAAUUCGAUCGAUUCCGGGAGCAUCGCUGUGUUAGAACCGGUUCCCAUCGAUACUCUAUGCUCGAUGCCCAACCCCAGUCAUGACAGAUCUCAGCUACUCUCAAGUUUAAUCAGUUUGCAUUAUUUUAUUGCAAUGUUUUUCCUUAUUCAGAAUUGUUUCAAGACUACAGUUACAGUUAGACUUCACUUUGAUGGUUAAUGCAGUUAUUGCAAUUUUGUUGUCUUAUCACAAUAGAUUGGUUUAUUUACAUUUCAAAAACCAGAAACAAUUCAUUUACGAAUGUGAUUGCACUUUAGUUUACAUAUUUAAAUGUUCAGAUAUUAAGAUUUGAAUUAGGCAAAAUGACAUGCUUUUUUCUCUCAAAUAUAUUGUUAUAAUCAUUUGUUUCAGAUGUAGUGUAAUUAUUUUCUGUAUAAAAAUUCAUUUGGUGUUCAAAAAGUCUUUUUCUCAAACUUGAGUCUUGAAAAAGAGGGGGUCGUCUUAUAAUCAGGGCCGUCUUACAUUCGGGCCAAUACGGUAUAUUUUUUUUAAAAUUAAAAAGCCGAUCCUUUUCACCCGAUUCCGAUUUUCUGAGAAAUGGCGUAAUCGGCCCGAUAUCCGAACACGUGAUCGGCUCGGGGACAUCCCUAAUUUAUAUAAUGCUGUUUAAUCCAGGCUUGCUGUAUUUACAAAGGAUCCAGGAUCUGCACACUUGCUGUUUUUAUGAAGUAAAACACAAGUUAACAUGUGCAAAAAACAAUUGCAUGUCCUGCAUGUGACUAUUGCAAACGAUAUAUUGUGCAGUCCUAGUUCAAAGGCCAUGAGCCCCACCACGCAACCCCUUCUUCUAAUGAGUCACUGUGGUUUAACAGCCAUUUUCUCUCAUCUAAAGUAUUUGCAGGUGGUAAAAUGAGAUACAGGGAAACGCUGCAAAAACAACAAAGGAGUUAAUCAGAGACUAGAAGUUAGUUCCCUGAUUCAAGCCCUAUAACGCAUGUAUUUUUACAUACUUGUUGAACUGAAAACUUGGAGAAAAAGCAUCUGGUAGUGGUAACUGUGGUAAUGCAACUUUGUUGCUAUCUCUGCAGUUCCUGUAUAGAGUAACUAUAGUUUGUUAGCUCAGUUUUUAUGUUGUCUGUGACUCAUUGUUUAAUGAGAUGUGGUCAUUGUAAUAGUGCACCGCCCCUCAUUUCAGCAAGGAUACAUUACAAUCACAGUCGUCAUAGUUGUUUUGUAGGUUUGUAGCAGUGCUGCUUGUUCUGAAAACAAGAUGGCAUGUUUGAAACCUGAUAGUUUUGGUGAAAUGGCAACACUUUACCCUAGUGAUUAGCAUCUCUGCCUCACAACUCUGAGAUCCCAUGUUCAAAUCUCAACUUGGACCCUCCUGCGAGCAUAUCUUUGAAGAGGCAACAUUUCCAGAAAGUUCUCCUCAACCCUCAAAAUCUCCAGGUUCCAAUAACAUUGGUUGGACUCUGUUUGGAUUGUACUGUGUGGUGUCAUGUGACUAAUGGCACACUCCCCCACCCAUUCUGCUCCAUAUUCGCAUACCCAACAAUACCUUUCAGCUGAAGUUCUUUUGUUUGUCUAUUGAGAAAGCAAAUAGUGAGUUUUUUUUCACAACUGUGGCAGUGGUGGUAGUGAGUGAGACUGUUCUGUCAGGAAAGCACCUUUAGGGACAGUUUACAAAGCAUUUUAGUCAAAAAUGGGGAAGAGUGGAGUCAUUUGUUUUUUGUCAUAGCCUGAAAAUGUCAAAUGACUGUCUCUCAAAUUCUCAAUCCUAAAAACAUGCACAAGAGUGUCAGAUAGGUUUAUCUCAGCAUUUGGCUAGUGUAGGUCAUGCCUUGGCUAUCAUAUAUGGUUUCAAAAUUUGCCCAAAAUGGCUACUUCAACACAACAUCUCCGCCUUCCCCUUAAAUUUCAGGCAUAUAUGUUUUUGAGAUGUGUUCAUGCAUUCUGUUAUGAUAGACACAUCCCCUUAAUUUAGUCCAGAAAAUGAUAGUAGCAGCUAUCCAUAACCUUCCCCCGAGACACUACUGACACAAUUUUGGGGUAAGGAGCAGCUGGAACCCAAAAUACAUAAAUAUUUACCUGGGUACUCAUGCAUGCAAAAAUUGUUGAUUAAAAAAAGGAAAGGAAAAGAGUAAAUCAAUUCGAAUCAUAGACCUUACUAUCAGUUGAUGUAAAAUGGGGCGUAGGGCCGCUAAGUAGGGGACCUGUUUUAAAAAAAACUUAAAAUUAUUGCGGGCUAUCUGGCCCUUGACGUUUUUAGAUUGAAAUGUUACAUAAAAUAAAACACGUAAAAGUCCUUUUUUUUUUUUUUUGUAUGGACACAGAAAUGUCUAAAUUACUAGUUUUUUUUUUGUCAAAAAACGAGCGGUUGGCCAAAAAUUACCUGAUGAUUUGAAUGUAAAGUUACGCUAUUGUGUAUGGAUACAAAAUCCAACAUGGCAGCCACCACAAAACAAAAAGGUUUUUAGGUUGAAAAUUAUAAAUAAAUGCGAAAAUCCCGGAAUUUCUAUCGAUAUGAACAUAGAACAGUCUAGAUCAGGGGUGUCCAAACUUUUUGCAAAGGGGGCCAGAAUCGGUGUUGUAAAAAUGUGGGGGGCCGACCUUGGCUGACAUCCUUUACGGAGAACAAUAUAUUUAUGCAAAUUUUACCAUGCCAUCCUGUGUGUCACAUUUGCUUUAUUUUUUUUUUUAAUUAAUAAUUUCCACAAAAUCUUGCCUUUCUGGCAUUCUCUUUCAUCUCUUGGGCUCUUGCGAAAUACUGCUGCUGUAAAAUUAAACUAGCUUUAAGUUGCUUCAAUUUCUCGCUACGUAUCUUCCCUGUAAUCUUGUCGUACUUGUCAGCUUGACUUGUUUAGUAAUAUCGCCUCACAUCAAACUCUUUAAAAACAGUGACUUUCUCUUUAAAAAUGAGGCAGUUUUUGCGUAUUUUAGUGAAGAAAUAGUCCAAUUUCCACCUAUCCUAGAUGCGUCGACCGUCACAGUCAACUUUCUUUCUUUUUUUUUUGUUUGACACCAUUUUAGAAAAUUGGGAGUAAAGGGUCACGCGGGGUAAUGUUGCUUAGAGUGCUGCUGUCUUUUAAUGGGUAAAUGAGGAGCAGCAUUUAGUGUGUAAGCUACUUCAUAUGCUGGUAGCAGUACUGCUGACCAAUUUAUUAGGUCUGUGUGCGGGCCAGACAUUAUUGAUUUUAUGACACAGGCUGGGGGCCGGAUGAAAUUUGACCACGGGCCGCAUUUGGCCCUCGCGCCGCACUUUGGACAUGUCUGGUCUAGAUUCUUGGUUGAAAGCAAAAAAAAACGGGCAGUUCUCAUUCAUUUUACGUAGUGGUGCACGAUAAUUAUUGGUCUGAUAAUUAUCGGUCCGAUAAUAGGAAUUAUGACGUCAUCCCGAUAAAUCCAAUAACAUUAUUAAUUGGACUGAUAAUAUGUACUGUGCUGGCGUUACAGUUUACACACUAGUAUGGGUUUGCGGGGCAUUGCUGCCACCUGCUGGUCAGAAUAAUUCGCUGCAUUUAUUUUUUGUUACAGUAGUUUGGUUCACUUCAUUCAUUUACACAUUGCGGUGUCUAGCGGUAGCAUUGGCAAUCGCGGAUGCUUUCUGUUGCGUUUCCAUCUCGGAAAUAUAUGUCUGUAAGUAUUUUAUGUUUACUAUAACAUAUGGAUGUGCAAUAUAUGUUUACUUCUGGGGUGAAGGGUCAUAUGUACAGAACUUCAUAAGUUGUUGUGUUAUAGAAGCCAGCCAAUGCUUUUGUAGCUCAAGCUACUGUGCUAUGCUAUACAUAUAAUAGUUGUGUAUAUAAGUGUGUUGUGCAGUUUGUUGUAUAAUGAGUAGUGAAUAUGUGUAUUUUUCUGUUGUACUUUCCCAGUAUUAAGACGAGAGUCUUCCCAUAAAAGCAAGAAAAGACCAAGCCUUGCGGUUUAUGGAAGUGCCUUCAUUCUUAGCUGGCUGUCGGGCAGUGCAGAAGUGAAACGCACUGUUUUGUUCAUGUCAUUACGAAAAAUCUGGUGAGAUCAAAGGCAAAUCUAUGUUAAAUCCAGCACUAUUUUUUUUUUAAAUCUCCAGGUGUUCAAAAACCCAGGUUAUACAUUUAAUUAAAUUAUGUAUUUAUUAUCGGUUAUCGAUAUCGGUAUCGAUUGAGGAGCAGGAAGUUAUCGAUAUCAGUAUUGGUUUCAAAAAAUGGAUAUCUUGCACCCCUAAUUACGUAAAUAUUUCAACCUAAAGUUACGCUAUUUUUUGCCAUUCAUUUUUUUCACAUUUCUAAGUGUAUGCAUGGUGCUAUUUUGUAUAAUAAUUACCUUGAAUCCUCCACCAAAUCACUCUUGAGUCACUCCUGCCUGCUCGUAUGCACUAAAACUCUCCUCCCGUUUCCACCUAAAUCUGGCGUUAGAACGCAGCGUUUGUUAGAGUUUAUCGCAGUGAAAGCUACCAGGACGCUCUGCCUGUCUGCCUACGGGAAGCCGUUGCGGAAUGUCUGUAGGAGCUGUAUCGUCAUUUGAUAGUAAAGCAAUUCCAACGUUGUCACCCAUGAAUGAGGGAAGCCAAUCUACAGAGUUGGAAGAGGAAGAUAUGUCAAUAUUGUUGUAGUUGGACUCUUAUUCAAGCUUGUUCAGGAGUAAGAACAAUUAGUGUGACUGGAGGUAUUUUCCCAAUACCGGCAUUUUAAUGCUCGCCAUGAGCGUACCAGCCCAGCAGAAACCUGGAGCAAAACGAACAGGCAAGCGUAUCACAUUUUUUGCCGACCCCUCUGGAGCCAUGAAGGAAACAGUUCAGCACCCUGAAGGGUCCUACUACAAUGAACCUGGGAAAACUGAAGUAGUGACAGGCAUGACAUCUAAUCCGGAGGGCCAUCGCAUGUACCUCAACUCUGUCAUCUUCAGCCCUGAUAAGGGUGAACAGAAUAGGAGUCACUAUCAGCAGACGGUCCCGAUGAAGUGGGCCCAGCAGGAAUCUGGUGGGCAGCAGCAGAGGUCCACAGCCUGGACCACAGUGGCCAACUGGGGACAGAAUUUUGCCAACUACUUGACUGACUCCAGGAACCAGACAACCUUUGUGAAACCCACCCAAGUCACUGGAGAUAAGGCUGUAGAAAAACAAUUGGUGGGGCCUGACCCUGUAGCGGACGUAUACCCAGAUACAGUUAAGGCAAGAGGCCUCGAGUGGGAACAUCAGCAGCAUCAGUCCCAGGCCUUUCAGGACACCCUGAAACCUGGGGCGUUGAACCCCCAACCGAACAGUACGUCACACCCAGCAGGGAGCUCGGUCUUACAGCCGUUUCAGUUGGCCUUUGGGCAGCCCCGGCAGCACCUGCCCGCCUACUACCAAAGCUUCCAAGGCAACGCCAGAUUGCCCAACCCACCCAACUACUCUGUGCGGGCCAGGCCUUCACAGCAGAACCUCAUCCAGCAACAGCUUCAACAGCAGCAGCAGCAGAUCAUUCUCCAGCAGCAGCAGCAGCUUCAAAUGCAACGUCAGCAGUUGCAACAACAAAGCCAGCAUGUGCUCGACUACUACCCCCCCAACGCCCACUCCCACCCGCAGCUUGUACACUCCCAGGAGCCGUCGUUGGCGGCUGCUCCCCCUCAGAUCGAGGAACCACUCAUCCAGGACAUCACUCCUGAACCACCUCCGCUUCCCUCUCUCCUGUCAGAUCCCUUGUCCCAGACACAAAAUCUCCGCAGGUCACGGCGCCUCUCCAAGGAAGGUGGCGCGCCGUCGGAUGACAUCCCCUUCCCGGGUGACUCGGCGAUGCAGCUCCCUCAUAACGGGACGCGUGUUGAGGACGCUGACAUCCUAGCUACCUCGACAGGUGUCAUCCAGAGCACGUCGCAGCGGAAGCGCAGGGUGUCACAGGAGGUCAACUUGGAAACUCUUGCACAGAAGGCCUCAGAGAUGGAAACCCUGCCAUCACAGUGUGACAAGGAGCCGCACAGACCUUGGGCCCCCCCCCAACCAGGCGAUUCGAACACCAAGCAAGCUCGAGAUGAUGGUCUGCUCCCACUUGUCAUCCCCGUGUCGGUUCCAGUGCGCCGCCUGGACCUGGCUUCGUAUCCCGAUGGCAUGCCACCAGUGUCCGACUUGCCCCCUCCGCCGCCGCCCAGAACCUCCAACCCGCUGGAGAUCACCGGCGCUGAGCGCAAGCCGUCAGUCAUCGUCACACGACGGCGUUCGUUGAGGAACUCGCUAACGGAAGGGUUGGAACAGAACGGCGACGACGACAUGAAAAAGCUAAAGCGACGACCCCGCCCUGAACCCCUUUUCAUCCCACCGCCAAAAUCUGGCGUGUUUGUGGCGCCAACCGCCGUCUUUGCCGCCGUCACACCCUACCAGAGCCAUCUGCGCUCACCCGUCCGCCUGGCAGACAACCCUCUGGCCAUGCCGCCCUACACGCCGCCGCCCAUCCUCAGCCCUGUGCGCGAGGGUUCCGGCCUCUACUUCUCUACUUUCCUGUCGGCUGGGGGGCCGCUGUCCGCCACGCCCAAGUCGGCCACUCGCAGCCUGCUCUGCUCAAGUAGCAGCGAUGUAACUCCUCCGGUUUUGUCUGCAGUGAGCGAGCCCACUCCAGUCAGCAUUGAGCCCCGGAUUAAUUUGGGGUCACAGUACCAGGCAGAGGUCCCGGAACUGAGGCCGCGCUCACUGGUUAAACUUGACACACACCGAGCAGAUCUGCUCUGGGCUCCGCGGAGCGAGCUAGAAGACAAGCUGGACUACCACAAAAGAGUGAAAGACCUGAUGCACCUGGCAUGUUCCAGUGCUUUGUACGGAGGAGGCAGCAACCAGGAGCUGGCCCACCAUUGUCUGCAUGAGUGCAAUGGUGACAUCAUGGCUGCUUUAUCGCUCCUCAUGCUCAGAGAUCCUGUGUUGCCAAAGUCCCAUUUGUUAUCAAACUACCACUACUCAGGAUCUGACAAGUGGUCUGCGGCUGAGCGAUGUCAGUUCAACAAAGGCAUGGCCACCUACAAAAAGGACUUCUUCAUGGUGCAGAAACAGGUGAGCACCAAGACAGUGGCACAAUGCGUAGAAUUUUACUACUCGUACAAGAAGCACACAAAGGUCGGACGCAACGGAACACUGAUCUACGGCGAGGUUCCGCCGCCUGGCGGUGGGACAACCGAAGAGGUGACAAACCAAAAGGCUUCUCACAGACUGCAGCAGCUGCGGGAAGAGGACAGCAGAAAGUGGGAAGGCUCAGCUGACAGGAAGCAGGACGUCGGUCCCGUCGGGGUGCUGCCGUCGGCUGAAAAUUCCACCACCGUUCUGAUCAUGAGGGCCCAAGAGGACACGGUAGGCAGGGAUCGACCACCGCCACCGAACGUCAUCGGCCCCCCGACGGGCAACAAGGGCGCUGGCGCCCCUGAGGGAGAGUUCCCCUGCAAGAAAUGCGGCAGGGUGUUCUACAAGGUGAAAAGCCGCAGCGCACACAUGAAAAGCCACGCUGAGCAGGAGAAGAAAGCCGCCGCGCUGCGUCAGAGGGAGGCAGAGGACCGCGCCCGGGCUGCGCAGGCCGCCGCCCGAGCCGCCGCUUUCACUGCUGCCCGGCAACAGAACGGCACACAAGCGGGCGGUGACAGCGAGGACGACGACACGUCGGUCACCGAGGGGGACGACGAUGACUGGCAGUGACGCACACUUGACAGGGCGGGGGGCAUUCAGGGACAUGCGUGCAUGCGUGCGUGUAUGUUCUCUAAGCUCUAAAAUAGAAAGCCACGCUCUUUUUUUUCCCCCCUGCCAUUAGAAAGUACAGGACCCUUUUUUACAGGCAGGUGGCGAUCUUGUUGCACUCUAUAGCGUUUUGGGCCUUUUUGACAAUCAAAAAAAUAUAUACUGUAUACUUACAUGCUGUACAUAUACAGGGUAUUAUUACUCCUUCUGUCAUGUGAGGCUGCUUCAUGUUUCCUGUUGUGUUUCUAUCCUUAUUCAUAAUUAUUAUUAUCAACAACCGUCUGUUUUUUUAAAAAAAUUUAUUUAUUUCAACCAAUCGGACGGCUGCCUGUUACUGUGAAGACAAAAAGGGCAGGCGUGCAAUAGAUGAAGUAAAAAACACAAAACCCUUUUUACUUGAUGAUUUUUUUUCCAUUGUUAGGACAGUGGGACUCUUCUCCAUCACAAAUCACCUUCCCCAAUUGUGUGGAGAUGUCUUAUUUAUUUGACAUGUUGACUUACAUUUGCAUGAUUUGGUUCCAUGUCAUUUUUUUUUUGUUUUUAUUGUGAGGUCAAGGAGCUCUAUUGAGAGAGCUGAGGCGGCUUUGUGACCGACCCCAACCAAGAGGCUUGUUCCCGGGCUGGGAUGUAAUUUCUCCCCUCCGCUCUCACGUUCUCUUAUGCGUGGAAGUACAGAUGUUGUAUGAACUCAGAGAUGUAUUUAUGAUAGGAUGCUUUGACAAACAUGUUAUCGGUCCUAUUUUUAUGUUGUCCCACAUUUUACACCCAAUUCACAUCAACUCCAAAAAUGUUCAAAAAAAGGGUUAUAUUAUUGAUUAGCCUGAUAAUACAAGGGUCUCCAAAAUUUUUCUGCAAAGAAAAGCAUCAUUCGUUUCCAAUGGCUCACUCAACCUAAAACAUUGACAUUGUUGAUUCAAUUCACAUUUUUACCAACACAAAAAACUCACUCACUCCCCUUGACAUUCAACUCGAACCCACAAAAAACCUCCAUUGUCUCCCAUUGACAUUCAAUUAGGAGCAAGAAAAAAAUGUCACCACUAACGGACCUACAAAAAAAAACAUCUCCACUGGAGCCUAUUGACAAUUCACUCAUGCUCACAAAAAUCACCAUUGACACUCAACCAGGAUCUCCAUUGGUAGACCCACAAAAAAUUUCCACUGACAAACCUACAAAAAAAGUCUCCCAUCAGCUCCUAUUGACAUUCAACGCAGACGCAUUAAAAAAAAACCACCAUUCCCUCCCUUCAACAUUCAACUCGAACCCACAAAAAAAACAUCCUUUGGCUCCCAUUAACAUUCAACUAGGAGUCACAAAAAAUCACCACUGACCGACCUACAAAAAAAUCUCCACCGGAGCCCAUUGACAAUUCACUCGUGCUCACAAAAAUCACCAUUGAUAACUCAACCAGGAUCUCCAUUGACAGACCCACAAAAAGAAUCUCCAUUGACAGACCCAUAAAAAAAAUCUCCAUCAGCUCCUAUUAACAUUCAACGCAGACCCAAAAUAAAAACUCUAUUCACUCCCUUUGACAUCCAACUCAAACCCACAAAAACCUUCAUAGGCUCCCAUGGACAUUCAACUAGGAGCCACAAAAAAAUCACCACUGAUGGACCUACAAAAAAAAUCUCCACCAGAGCCCAUUGACAAUUCACUCACAAAAAUCACCAUUGACACUCAACCAGGAUCUCCAUUGGUGGACCCACAAAAAAUCUCCAUUGACAGACCCACAAAAGAUCUCCAUCAGCUCCUAAUAACAUUCAACACAGACCCAUUAAAAAAAACUCCCAAUUAUUCCCUUUGAUAUUCAACUCGAAGCCACUAAAAAACCUCCAUUGGCUCCCAAUGACAUUCAA